AUGAUUGUGGCUUUCUGCUCUCACUCUCCUCAUUCUCACUGCUCUCCACAGGCCAUGAAAGUGCUGUCCAAGAAGCGGCUGAUGAGACAGGUGUUGGAUGAUCCAAGCGAGGACCAUCUGUACAUGGUGUUUGAGCUUGUCAAGCGAGGAGCCGUGAUGGAGGUUCCUACUGAUAAGCCUCUGGAUGAGGACCAGGCCCGCUUCUACUUCCAGGACCUGCUGAGAGGAAUCGAAUACUUACAUUAUCAGAAAAUCAUUCAUCGGGACAUCAAGCCUUCCAAUUUGCUUUUGGGAGAAGAUGGCCAUGUAAAGAUUGCUGAUUUUGGUGUCAGUAACCAGUUUGAAGGAGCAGAUGCGCUGCUGACCAGCACAGUGGGAACGCCGGCGUUUCUCGCCCCGGAAACCCUCUCAGAGACCCGGAAGAACUUCUCUGGAAAGGCGCUGGACGUGUGGGCGAUGGGAGUCACCUUGUACUGUUUCAUCUUUGGAGUAUGUCCGUUUAUGGAUGAGCGCAUUUUGAGCCUCCAUCAGAAGAUCAAGACCCAACCGGUAGAGCUUCCAGAGAAUGCGGAAAUAUCGGAUGACUUAAAGGACCUGCUUUUUAAAAUGUUGGACAAGAACCCUGAAACCAGAAUCACCGUCCCACAAAUUAAGGUGCACCCAUGGGUGACGCGACACGGCGCUGAGCCUCUUCCCCCUGAGGACGACAAUUGCUGCAGCCUGAUAGAAGUGACAGAGGAGGAGGUGGAAAACUCCGUCAAGCACAUCCCCAGCCUGGCCACCGUGAUCUUGGUUAGGACGAUGUUGCGCAAGCGUUCUUUUGGGAACCCAUUUGAUUGGGGCCGCAGGGAAGACCGGAGUCCCGCCGCACCAGGACACAUGCUAUCAAAAGGCAGAGCAGGGAGUUUGAAAUACUGCCGCAAUCUCAGUAACCCCAGGAAACAAGAGAGCGAGGAGGGCAUGCGAAGCGUGGACCUGCCCUUCGUGGGCGAGGAUGAAGUUCUGUCCUGAUAGUUGUGGGCGUCUUGUUCAGGGGAUUGGCGCUGGGAUUGGGGCCAUUUUGGCUUCAGGAAGGCCAGGAUUUGGACCUGGGGCUGGGAUGUGAAGUCACUCAUGCAUGUGUUUGUACAGUCCACGGCAGCAUGCACUGUUUCUGUCCGCCCAGGUCUCUGCUGUCUCUCAGGACCUGUUUUUUCCUGUGUGCAAGUGUUUCUACUCUGGUCUCCAGCAUGGAGACUUCGCUUUACUCCUCUACUUCAGCUAGGGGGCGCCAAAUUAUGGAGAAUAACAUCAUGAAAAUUUCUUUGAGAGUUUAGGGAGAGAGACAUGCUGCAAAAUUGCAGUAUUGUUUCAGUAAAAUAGAAAGAAAUAUUGCUUACAUUUUUCAUUCUUAAUGUCGUAAUCAUCUAAAAAAAAUCUAAUUUAGGUAGUAAAGUACAUAUAUGCAUAAAAUAAAGACAUAAAUUAAAAGUAAAUUGCAUUUAAUAGUUAAUUUAAUAAUCUUCAGGUUUUUAUAGUAAUAGAUUUUUAGCACAAAUGUAUAAUUUCUUAGCCUUGUCUACCACUCAUAGAACAAAAAGUAGCUUUAAUGUUUGUUUAAUUCAUUCAUUUAUUUAUUUUGAUUGAAAAUGAAAUAUUCUCAGUUUCUCUGGAUUUAUGAUUUAUAGAUAUAAAUUUGAGUCAAAAUUAAUUGUUUUAUUCUGUAAUUCUGCAAUAGAAAAAUUGGUGCCUAAAGUAACAAUAUAAUUUAGGAAAUCAAAAUUAGGUGGAAUAACCCUGAUUUUCACUCUUAAUAAAUCAAAACAUUUUUUUUUUUCUCUAAAUGACACUGUUUGGCCCAUUUUUGGCCCAUAGCUCUAUUUAAAACCGAUUUCAAUAUUUUGGAUCAACUUGGGUGAUCAAGUCUUUUUCUAUGCAGUGCAUAUGGCAUAUGUUUAUGCAUGGCAUAUGCUUAUGAGGUUGAGCCGCACAAGAGCAGUGAAAGAGACGCUGAAGCCCCUUGUGAAUGGGGCGUUAGUCAAUUGGUUAAUGUAUGUUAAAUCGCGCGAGAGGUUGAGCCGCACAAGAGCAGUGAAAGAGCCGCAAGCGGCCCCUGCCAUAUGCACUGUAUAAAAUAGAAUAAAUUAAAAUAUAAUAAACUACAAUCAUACGACAGAGCCAUUUGGAACAGUUCUUUAUGGUUAUCUGUGGAAUCAAACAAUAUGCAAAUACAAAAAUGUAACAAUCAAACAUAAAUUAACAUGACUAAUUGUGGAUACACACAUUGCGUGAUUGAUGCUAAAAAGAAUAAUUGUGCAAGCCUAAAUGAAAUGUAAUCAGACUUUUAUAAAAUAAUACUCAUAGAGUAGUAACUAAUCAGGAUUGUUCCAGCUGAUACCGAGUGCCGAUUCCUUGUCAUGGUUACCGGCUGAUACGGAGUAUCGAUUCUAAUGCUUCAAGCUUCAUAAUUCAUUAAGCACAUUUUCCCUUUAAGUAUGAUACUUAAGUGGUGAUCCCACCUUACCUGAGAGAACAAAUUAAGGAUGUUGCAUAUAAUCACUUAAACACAUCUCUUUUUACUAUUUAGAUGUGAACAAAUGGCCAGAAAACAUUAUUGCACAGAUAUAAAAAUUGGUUAGAAAAAUUACAAACAAUCGCUCGUGUCACUGCAGCUCAAAACACGGUAAAUACAAUGGUUGAACUUAUAGUAAAGAGACCAUCACUUAUGCGAGUUGCGAAAAUAGAUUGUAGAAACAGAGGUCACACCGCAUCUGUAUAUAUUUUAGCUGUUGUGAUGGGAGCGAAUCGAUUGUUCUUGCCUCCACACAUCAUUUACUUCAGGUGUUGUGGCUACUGUUGGCUAUGUAUGAUAUACGUGAGCUCACAUGCGUCUUUCUCUGCUUGUAAACUCCUAAACAAACACCUGUAAUCGGUUCAUGAGGUCGCCCAGAUUGGUGAGUAUCGAUUAAAUGUGAUUAUCGGCCGAUACCGAUCUUCGGCCGAUUGAUCGGAGCAUCCCUAAUAGUAACAUUUUACACAAAUACCUAAUAAAUCAGAGAAAUCCAGAGCAAAUGAGAACUUUCAGUUGGUCUCAGAUAGACUUUUUACAUAGCUAUAUAUAUACAAACAAUAUAUGAUUCAAUUAGUCAAACAAUAAAAGGCUCUUAAUUAACUGCUCUGACAUUCAACUUGAAAACCUUCUCAAAAAGCCAAGUUUGUUUUUAUCAGAUUUAUGUAGAAAUAUAUACAUCAAAUGACAGAUUAGAUUUGAAUCCUUUACAUUUUCUUCAGUGAAGUCUGAAAACGUGUAUAAAUAUAGCAAGGAGACAAUUCAGGAUGCGAUUAGGGAAAAUACAGAUAUGUUUGUAUAUGUGUGUGUUUGUUGUAUAUCAACUCACACAGCUUUGUUUGUGUCAUAUAAUGUCUGUUGCGCUGUAGAUAGUGAACAGGAGCACGCCUGGAAACUAUCUCAUUGACUUCCUUUUUUAAUAAUAAUUAUUAUUAUUUCAACCAUAACAAAGCCCAAUUCCAAGAGAUGCAAGAAUUAUGUUCAUAGCAUGUAGACACACACUACCUGACAAAAGUCUUGUCAUCAAUCCUAGUUGUAAGAGCAACAAAUAAUAACUUGACUUCUAGAUGAUUAUUUGGA